GCUGUAUGUGAUGCCGCAUAAAUAAUUUAUUUCCGCACAGUAGAUUCUAAUUUGAACGGGUUUUCCCUGCUGCUAUUAAUAGAAUUUUGCAAUGAAAUGGACUUACUUGGUAGUGUCAUUGCUAAUCUUGCCACCAGUGGAAAGUCAUAGUGACAAUAAAAAGGAAUAUUGCACGAAAGACAAGUGUUCAAGCAUUGAGGUAAUUGAAACCUCCCAAAUUGAAAGUUACACGGUAACUAUAGAAACUAUGUCACGAACCAUAGAAAAAGUAAUUGAGAGUCGCGAACAAGAUGAGGGCAUGGGCGCAAGGGUACGUAGAAGCAUUGGAAAUGCGGAACUCAGAAACUUAGACCCUUUUCUGUUGUUAGAUGAAUUCAAAGUGAAGAAGCCUGCAGGAUUUCCUGAUCACCCACAUAGAGGAUUCGAAACAGUGACCUAUAUGCUAGAGGGAUCUUUUCGGCAUGAAGAUUUUUGUGGGCAUAAAGGUGUUAUAAAUCCAGGUGAUCUGCAGUGGAUGACAGCUGGUCGUGGUAUACUGCAUUGUGAAAUGCCGGAGGGCGAUGAAAUCGGGCAUGGGUUACAGCUUUGGGUGAAUCUGUCAAAACAAAACAAAAUGGUAGAGCCUGCUUAUCAAGAAUUACUGGACAAAGAUAUUCCGAAAACAAAACAGAAUGGUGUAAGUGUAAAGGUUAUUGCUGGAGAAUCACUUGGAAUCAAGUCACCAGUGAAAACAAGAACACCUACUAUGUACCUUGACUUUAAACUUGACAAAGGGGCAGCUCUUAAACAGGCUGUGCCUGAAGGCUGGAAUGGUUUCGUAUAUGUGCUGUCUGGAUCGGCACUUUUUGGACCAAGUGACAAUGCAAAACAGGGACCUCCCCAUCAUACACUGUUGUUAGGUCCAGGGAACAUGCUGGAUGUUAUUAACAAUGGUGAUGAUAUUUGUCAUUUUGUAUUGAUAGCUGGGAAACCAUUAAAUGAACCAAUAGUGCAACAUGGACCGUUUGUAAUGAAUGAACAAAAAGAAAUUCAAGAGGCCAUUAAUGACUAUCGUUCGGCAAGAAAUGGAUUUGAAAAAGCACGAAAUUGGCAAUCUAGUGCGGGAAGGGGCUAAUUUCAUUAAAGAACUGAUAUUAUUUUAUAUUGUGAACAAACUGAUAGUGAUAUUAUUUUUAUAUUGUGAACAUAUUGAUAAACAGAUCUGAUGUUGGCCACUUUUACCAACUAUUUUAUAAUUUUAUAUUUAUUGACCUAGGAAAACGGGUGGUAUAACAAAAUCACCUAUUUGUCAAUAGUUUUAUGCUUUCAAAAUUGGCUGUCUAAAUAAAUGGCAUUCUUAUUUUGUUUUAAAAUUGUCUUGACAGUUCACUUCAUACAUGGCGAUACAUUACAUGAAAGUAAUAUAAAUAUUCGCUUCACUCUAAAUUAAACUAUCAAAACUUUUGAUUUAUUUGUACCAAUAUUUAAUCAUUGAUAUUCAGUCAAAACAGAACCAGAUAUUUGUUUAAUAAUGAUAAUUGAUAAUAAUAAUAAUUAUAUGUUAUGUGCAAAGUAUAUACAUACAAAAAUGGAAUAUAUUUUUAAGACCGUAAAACUUAAAAUGUUGAUUCUUAUUCAUCUUAAUGAUAACAUUUAUGCGAAUCCACUAUUUCACUUUUUGCAAUAGAAAAUGCAUAAUGAUAAUUGAAUUGUGAAAUUUAACAUCUUGGAAGCCGACAAUAUUUUAUUUGAAGGUACAUGGGUAAUGAACACAGAAGACGAAAUACGAGAAGCGGACAAAGACUACCAGUUCCAAAGGAACGGGUUUGAGGGAGCUCAUUCCUGGAACUCAUGGGUUGCCUUAGAUUACGAAUGAAAAUGGAUGCUUUGUUCAAACAAUAUAUUUGUAAAUAGAUUUCAAUAUUUCUGAUCAAUUACAAUGAGACACCUGUCCUGUUUUGAGUGAGCCCGUAGUCCUCGUAAAGGACUGGAUUAGAUUGAGUUCAAGAGGUCUAAGAAAAGUUAAUUUGACUGAGACUGUUGAGAAGUAAGAUUAUGAAGCGUAUGUACGUUUACGGCGUAGACAUGCAUGUUUAUGUAAUGUAAAGGGUUGCAUGCAUAAUAUGUGUAUAAUUGCCAUAUUUUGUUGUGUUGUGUAUUUUACAUUAUUGUUUCAUAAAGCGGUAUAGAGGUAUGACAUUCUCUGUUAUAGCCUAUAGAAAUGUAGCUUAAUUAAUCCAUAUUAUUACCUAAAUUUAUCUCAGUUGUUUUAUUUUAUAUUCUUUGAUUAAAAAAAAAACUUGUUCUUUUAUGUUAUUGUUAAUGUGUUUGUUAUUAUCACAUUAAUACUUUGUCAGAUUUUGAUUUUGUUUUGUUGAUUGCAUUGUGAUGUUUUAUUCAUAAGAUGCCUGUCUGUUAUUUAAUAAAUAUUCAUAACAUU